CGCCUGCAUAAAUAGGAGACCGUACAGGCACGCACCGCACAUAGCUACUUGACUGGGAAGACGACACUGGGGCUCCUGAACGGACGUGGAUUUGUUAUUAAAAAGAGUGGGACACGAGCUGCUCGCGAUGCGCCUGCUGGCGAUCGUCCUCUGCCUGGGCCUGGCGGCCUCGCUGCCGACCGUCCCCUACCAGGAGCAGGACAGGACCGACCAGGAGCCCGACAUCGACAUCGGCACCAUGUUCGACCUGCUGGGACUCUCGCCGUGCGACGACGCCCUCUCCGGCGGGUGCGAAGACCCUCUGGCUGCCGACGGCGUCGUCAGCGCCUCCAGCUCUAGCUCCGAGUCUUCCAGCAGCGAGUCGGCGCAGACGUCCCAGACGUCUUACUUCAUCAGCACUGGCGAGGAUGACAUUGUCGAGAUCACUGUGUCGCAGGCCGAUGAGUACGGUCUGGAGUGCUUGCCAGCCGUGGAGCUGACAGAGAGCGCCGAUAUCAUCAUCGAGAACAGCAUCGACGAGUCUGUGGAUGACGCGGAUAAGGAAGCUACUUCGUCCACGGUCUCCGUCGGUGAUGGUGGUUCCUCCUCAUCUACUUCUGGCGGGGCAGGCUCCUCUGCUGCUUCUGCAGGCGGGGCCACCUCCUCCUCAGCUGCUUCUGGGGGAGCUGCGGCUUCUUCUGCUGCGUCCGGUGGAGCAUCCUCUUCUUCUGCCGCCUCUGGCGGUGAUGGGAAGGUUGGUGGUGGUGCCUCCUCCUCGGCCGCCUCUGAAGGGGCUGCAUCUUCUUCUGCUGCUUCCGGUGGUGCCGCCUCUUCUUCUGCUGCAUCUGGAGGUGGUGAAGACGUUGGUGGUGCUGCCUCCUCCUCCGCUGCCUCCGGAGGAGCCGCCUCCUCUUCUGCCGCCUCUGGUGGGGAUGGAAAAGUUGGCGGUGCCGCCUCUUCAUCUGCCGCCUCUGAAGGAGCUGCAUCUUCUUCUGCUGCCUCUGGUGGAGCCUCCUCUUCUUCUGCCGCUUCUGGUGGUGAUGGAAAGGUUGGUGGUGGUGCCUCCUCCUCGGCUGCCUCCGGUGGGGCCGCCUCCUCUUCUGCUGCCUCUGAGGAAGCUGCGUCUUCUUCUGCUGCCUCUGGUGGAGCCGCCUCCUCUUCUGCCGCAUCUGGGGCAGGUGAGGGCGUUGGCGGUGGUGCCUCCUCCUCAGCUGCGUCUGGUGGCGCCGCCUCGUCGUCUGCCGCCUCUGGUGGCGCCGCCUCGUCGUCCGCCGCCUCUGGUGGUGAGGAGGGCAGUGCCGCUUCCUCUGCUGCCUCCGGCGGUGCUGCUUCCUCAUCUGCCGCCGGCGAAGGAGGGGCUGCCUCUUCGGCCGCUGCCGGUGGAUCUGCCGCAUCAUCAGCGACUGGGGGAGGCGCCUCAUCAGCUGUAACCACCGAUGACAGCGAGUCUGACGAAAGUUAUGAAUCGCACGAAGACUUGACGCAAGACUGCGUCUGCGUCCCGUACUACCUCUGCAAGGACGGCGACAUCAUCACCGACGGCGAGGGUCUCAUCGACAUCCGCUUCGGGCCUACCUCAGGCUCCGAAGAAGAGUCCAAGUCCAACUCGCAGUGCGACAACUUCCUCGACGUCUGCUGCACGUCGCCCCUGUCCGAGCCCGACCCAGUCAUCACCGAGGAGUUGAACCAGUACGAGUACGUCCCCUCCUGCGGACACCGCAACCCGCACGGCGUCAGUGUCGUCCUGGAUGGCUUUAAGGAGGGCGAAUCCCAGUUCGGAGAGUUCCCGUGGAUGGCGAUCGUGCUGGAGGACGAGGAGCUCGAGUACGGCGCGGUAAUCCAGCGAUACGUCUGCGGGGCCUCCUUGAUCCACGAGCAGGUCAUCAUGACCGGCGCCCAUUGCGUCAACGGGAAAGACGUUAGCAAGCUGCGGGUACGGCUGGGCGACUGGGACACCAAGCACGAGAAGGAGAUCUUCCCGCACGAGGAACACCGGGUAUCCAAGAUUGCCUCCCACGAGCGCUUCAACCGCCGCGUGCUCUUCAACGACGUGGCGCUGUUGUUCCUCGAGGAGCCGGUGGAGCUGAAGCAGCACAUCGACACGCUCUGUCUGCCCGAGGAAGACGAGGACUUCGACCACGCCUCUUGCGUCGCCACUGGCUUCGGCAAGGACCGCUUCAGCGGCGGCACGUUCCAGAACAUCAUGAAGCAGGUGGACCUGAAGGUGGUGCCGCACAAGGCGUGCCAGACGAAGCUGCGCACCACACGACUGGGCCGCUGGUUCAAGCUGCACGACUCCUUCACGUGCGCCGGCGGCCAAGAGGGGGUCGACACGUGCCGAGGCGACGGCGGGUCGCCGCUGGCCUGCCCCAGCAAGGCGGACCCCAACAAGUACGUCCAGGCCGGCAUUGUGGCCUGGGGUAUCGGCUGCGGUGAAGGCGGUGUGCCCGGCGUUUACGCCAGCGUGCCCAAACUGAUAGGCUGGGUGAAUGACAAGAUAGGGGAGUUCUUUAACCCCCCGCCACCUAGGGCGCUGUACUCGCCACCGGUUUGAGACGGCUCCCCGGUUUUGUUCGACCGCAAGCGACUGAGAGAGAUGGAAAGUCAGAUGCGGCGAGGUCUGCUCGGGUGAAGAUUCCGGUGAUAAUCGAGGGAUGGUGGUGGUUUAAGGCUUGAAAACGGUGUCCUGCUAUCUUUGACAGCUGACUUUGGAAUGGGUGGUAGACUUCGCCGGUGCCAAAUACAAGCAAACAUUUAA